AUGCUAAAGAUCAAUGACCAGGAUCAAGCGUGCGUUAAGAAUUUCUCAACAGGGACUUCGAACAGCUAUGAUCCGUUGAUGGAUAGUGCUAUGUUGGCUGGUAUUCUACUUGCUCUGAUUCCUGUUUACACGGUCGUUGCUAAUUCUGAGGAUGUAAGUCGUAUCGAGAAAAAACUCACAACCGAUCGAGAAUUUUAUGAUCUGUGGAUGGAUCUGAUAUCAUUACAGGCAGAUCAACUUGAGGAGCAAUCAACCGACUUUCCGCUUUCCUACGUAUCUCUAAACUCCUGCACUCAUGUACCUCCAUCAGAAGCAGAGGACUUCUCUGACACACUAAGACCAUCUUCCAUAUCUAUCUAUUCAGACAUUGGACACCUUACAACUUAUUGCAAAUCCAAUAACUCGAUACUACAAGCGGGUAUUCUGGAUUCUUGCGCUCACCGAUCGUCGUCGAUGGUGUUACCAUCGUUGGACAAAAUGCUACGUGUAUUCAAUCCUGGUCUUGCGGUGGUGCAAAACAACGAUCGAGACGACAACCUUGUGGAUCAGGCAAAGGCCAUUGUUCAGUCCAUACAACGAAUCAAAGGCUACGAGAGUUCUUGGAAGUUGAUAGUGAUCGCAGCUACUAUCCAAGACGGUGAGGCCUCGGAAACCCGCCAAACAGCGAUCGAAGUGCUUGGAGCCGUCGAAGAGCUGCACAAACUCCUUCCAGUACGGACUUUUCUAGUGAUCCUCAGGAGUUCCGGCAGUGGGAUUUGGACGGAUGCAAGUCACGCCCACAAGGCUUGUCAAGACAUGCUAUCGAUGUGGAAAUCUCACAGCCAGUACAAUUCAAAUUCUGUGUGGGACCAGGUAGAAAUAAUUGUCCAGAAGAACUUCAGGAAGCCGAAUUUCACUGUAGAAGUACUACCACUGCUCCGCGAGUCGGCUCUCACAAAUCUUCCAGAACAGAUGGAUCUUAGCGUGCUCGGCUACGACUGCUCGCACUUUUCUGAACGAGGCUUGUCCAUUCUCCACAUGGCAAUCUGGAAUUCACUUUUCACAAAGAGCAGUGACAGGGUGCGACAGUACCGUCCAACACCACCACAGCUUCUUUGCCCAGAUUUCCGCUGCCCGUUCUUUCGCACUGUUAGUAACAGUGGUUACUGUAUAUACAAUAGUACUCAGGACAUAGAACCGUCGAUCUACCCGAAGCUGAUCACCGUAUGCGUCCUGUUUUUAUGUCUGGCUCUUAUUGCAAUAGUGCUGUUCUUUAUGUGCCGUAAACCGCAACGAACAGAAGACAUUAAAAAACCGAUGAAAGCAUUCGGUGCAAGCUUCAGUUCCAUCAAAUUCAUCGACGAAGACGUAGCCUAA